AUUUUUGGCAAGUAAAAUUAAAUAACGUAAUUUAUGAAAAUGUUAAAAUUCGUGUACAGUGGAAAGUUAACCAAUGUCUUCAAAGAGGCCAAUUCAACAACCUCUGCUUCAUCUGAACCCAGUCGAACUGAAGCCGUUAUUUACACCACAUGUGAGUUAUGUAAGGACGAAGAUUUAUAUGUGCCUGGAAAAGAAAAGUUUGAUAAUUUUACCGUUGAGAACACCACAGCUUCAAACUCAGAAAGCAGUGAAUUCUCUUUGUUGUCAACUGAAAGUUCAUCGCAAGGCACAUCAGAAUCAUCCGAAAUUUCAUCGCACAUUACUACGACUCCUAGCGAAUAUUCUUCGUCUUCCAAAAAUUUAGAAGAGUCAUCUACGCUCUCAGUAGGACAAUCUGAAAUAAGUGAAUCAUCAAAAGAGACGACUUUAAAUAGCGAAACAACUGAAACUUCCGAAUCAUCAGCUACUUCAGAAUCAUCAGCUACUUCAGAAUCAUCAAAUACUUCAGAAUCAUCAAAUACUUCCGAAUCAUCAAAUACUUCCGAAUCAUCAAAUACUUCAGAAUCAUCAAAUACUUCCGAAUCAUCAAAUACUUUAGAAUCAUCAAAUACUUCAGAAUCAUCAAAUACUUCAGAAUCAUUAAAUACUUCAGAAUCAUCAAAUACUUCAGAAUCAUCAAAUACUUCAGAAUCAUCAAAUACUUCAGAAUCAUCAAAUCCUUCGGAAUCUUCAAAUACUUCAGAACUAUUAAAUACUUCUGAAACAGCUGAAACUUCAGAAUCAUCAGAGUCUUCAAGAGCGUCAAAUGAAAAUUUAGAAGAAUCGAUUGCAACGGCUUUAAGCACAGAAACAUCAGAAACUAAAUCUGGACUUCAAUCUGAGUCCACUACAAAUGAACUAUCUUCGACUGAAGUUGCAUCAACUGAAAGUUUGGGGAACGUUUCUGACAACUUAUCUGAAUCACCCACAGUUUCAUUGGAAACCGAAUCUGCAGAAUCGUCUGCGUUAUCGCAAUUAACCGAAACUGGUUCAGAAGAAUCUGAAAAUGCCACAGAAACCACUCAGCUUUCCGCUGAGAAUGGAGCAGAGCCAAGUACAAAAUCUCUAGAAGGCUCUGAAGGUUCAACAGAAAGCAGUUCUCUAGCCAUAUCCACAGAAUUUAAUGAAUCGACUACAGAAAACAUUGCACAACCCACUUCACAUUCAUCAGAAUCUUCGGUAGGCAGUACAAUUAGUAGCGAAACGCAUUCUUCAUCUGACGUAGGAGUAACAGAAGGAUCAAGCCAAGUGACAACAGAAAGCAGUUCUCAAGCCAUAUCCACAGAAUUUAAUGAAUCGACUACAGAAAACAUUGCAACCUCAGUUAGUACUGAAGUAACAGAAACUGGUGAAGCAAAUGGUGAUACUGAAAAAUCUAGUAUCACCAGUGUAGUAAGUGAAAUUAAUGAAGAGUUAAAGAGCAGCGAGCAAUCGUCUUCAGAAAGUUUUGCAUCUGAAGAAGAAACUGCUUCAGUCUCAAACCAGGAAACUACAUUAUUGUCAACAACUGAAGAACCUGAAACUGAGAAAAACGAAUCUUCUGCUGCUUCCGAAGUUGAAACUGCUUUAAGCAACCAAGUCAGUUAUUCUCAAUCUCCCUCUACCGAAAUCGUAGAAUCCGAGUUGUGUACACUAUAUUGUGAACUAGAACCGUCCACAACUGUUUCGAAGCCUUUAUCUACAGGAAACGAACAAUUUCCAAGCAGUGCUGAAGUAGAACAGACUACCAACAAUGACGAGUAUUAUGAAGCAGAAGAUGAAGGUGAAGAAAAUACAGCCCUACCACCUGAGUCACCGAAUACGGAAUUUGUGGGUUUGGAAGUACUUCCCAACACGAAAAAAGUCUUAAAUAUCGCUCGUCGUACUGGGCCCCACCACUACACAAGAGUUUUAGAGGAACAUACAAUCUACAAUGAAGAUGAUGAAGUAGUCGGUGUUACAAACAUUUCAAAACUGGUUUAUAUUUCUGGCGAAGAAUUUUACGGACCAACAUUAGAAGAAAAUGAGGGUAAACACACUAAACCGAAUGCGGCAGAAGAAUUUUAUAGCACUGAAACUGAAGAGGACGAAGAAACCAGCGUAAAAAAUAAAGGGGAAAAUCAAACAAAAUCUACCAAUGAAAAUCAGUUUGAAGCAACAACUAUCACAUCAGAACUAGAAAGUACGAAACUUAGCGAAAUACCUGAGCAGGGUUCUUCAGAAGAAUAUUCUAGUGCAACAGAGAAAGCAGACACUAUACAGACACACACUUUAUCAACAUUAUCAUCUUCUGCUGAGGAUAUCACAAGUUCCAAUAUUGAAUCCACAAACAUUCAAGAAUCUACUGAAGCUGGAGGAACGUUGAACAGUGAAAAUACUCAAACACUCAAACAAGCUUUAACAUCUGAAGAGUUUAAAAGUUCAAAUGUUUCUCCUAUAGAAAGUUCAAGUAAAGUCGGAGAAUCUCCAACUACUAACGCGGAAGUUGCAUCCCAUUUAUCAACAUUAUCCUCUUCUGCUGAGGAUAUCACAAGUUCCAAUAUUGAAUCCACAAGCAUUCAAGAAUCUACUGAAGCAGGAGGAACGUUGAACAGUGAAAAUACUCAAAUUCGAAGUGAAUCACAAGAGUCAACAAGCACGACACUCAUAGCUUCUUCCUUGGAAACCACUGUUUCUGAUUCAACAGAGGCAAGCAUCAUGGAAGGUCAGACAGUUAUAGUGCUUGAAAAAGAUAACUCAACUAGCAUAUGUGAGCUGUGCAAUAUGCAGGAAAAUCAAAAAUUUUCUAAUAACUCACUUGAAGCAUCCAAUAACACUCGUUCAGAUGCUGGUACAGAGGAGUCUAAUGAGACAUCAAAAAUUGGUUCCAGUAUGUCAACAGAAUUAACACAGACAGUUGAGAAUAUAACACCAGAAAUGUCUGAGAGUGGUUUUAUUAGCUCCACAAUUGAACUAUCAGAAAAUUCGUACGAAUCUGAUGCUACGGCGACUGAAACACAAUAUUCGAAUAUUUCGACUAUUAACAAUGGGAGUUCAAUUGAAUCAGGUGUUGAGGAAGCAUCUAUUUCAUCCUCACUGGAAGUUGGUACUUCAGGCAUUACUACUAGCACAGAAACUGGAAGCGCAUUAGAAGGAUUAUCUCAUGCGGAAUCUGCAACCUCUUCAGAAGAAGCUGGUACUUCAUUAGCAGCUAAUUCUGAUGAAUCUGACAAUACUACGAGCACAGAAACUGAAAGCUCAUUAGGAGGAUUAUCUCAUGCGGAAUCUGCAACUUCUUCAGAAGAAGUUGGCACUUCAUUAGCAGCUAAUUCUGACGAAUCUGACAAUACUACUAGCACAGAUACUGGAAGCUCAUUAGAAGGAUUAUCUAACGAAGAAUCUGCAAAUUCUUCAGAAGAAGCCGGUACUUCAUUAGCCGCUAAUUCUGACGAAUCUGACAAUACUCCUAGCACAGAAACUGGAAGCUCAUUAGAAGGAUUAUCUAACGAAGAAUCUGCAAAUUCUUCAGAAGAAGCCGGUACUUCAUUAGCAGCUAAUUCUGACGAAUCUGACAAUACUACUAGCACAGAAACUGGAAGCUCAUUAGAAGGAUUAUCUAAUGAAGAAUCUGCAACUCCUUUAGAAGAAGCCGGUACUUCGUUAGCAGCUAAUUCUGACGAAUCUGACAUUACUACUAGCACAGAAACUGGAAGCUCAUUAGAAGGAUUAUCUAACGAAGAAUCUGCAAAUUCUUCAGAAGAAGUCGGUACUUCAUUAGCAGCUAAUUCUGACGAAUCUGACAUUACUCCUAGCACAGAAACUGAAAGCUCUUUACAAGAAGCUUCUGAUGAGGAAUCUGCCACUUCUUCAUUAGACGUUGGCAGUUCAUUAGCAGCCAAUUCUGCAGAAUCUGACAUUACUCCUAGCACAGAAACUGGAAACUGAUUAUAAGCCACAAGACAACAAGAAAUCUCUUCAAGUUCUUUCCAAGAAGAAAGCAAUGAGUUUGAGCACAUGUUAGCAAAUUAAUUUUCUCCAGAGGCUUCCGAUAUAUAUUCACUUGAAAAUAAUAAUCCAACGCUCAAAUCUCUAGCAGCAUCUGAAACUUCAAUUAACAAGAAUGUUCUAUAGAUUCUGCAUACCUUACGCUUACAUCUGAACUAAAUUUUGGAAAUAUUCAUAAUUUGACUGUAGGAAUGGAAUCUACCAAUUUGCUAGAAAAGUCGACAAUUUGUUCGGCAACAAUUGAGAAACGUUGAUGGGCUGAUGAUAUUAUCAACUUUAAUGAACAUACUACAGUGACAAUGUGUGAAUUACCUAUGUGAUAGUGAAACGGAUUAGUAAAAGUUACAUAAAUGCUUUACUCGCUAGAUUGUUUGUAUGGAAAUAUGUUUCUAAAACAUCACUUUCAAUUUGUAUUUAUUUGUAAUAUAUUAGAUAGUUUUUA